AUGUCUACAGUGCCUUACGGUGCGGUUGUCAGUUUGAGCAUUCUCGGGGUCACGUUUGGACUACUUUUGCUUUUGUGGUUCUGCAAACGAUGUGUGCUACGCAAACGUCGAUCGAAAAAGGACGCGAAAAAAAUGUCCAUGGCUGGCGGGAAACUCGGAGCGGAUUUGAAAGCUGCCGCGUUCCUGGCUGACGUAAACAAAAGCAAAGACACUGUGGCUCUGAAAUCAGACAUGGAGGAUAACGAGAAUCAGCAAUCCGGUGAAGCAGAAAAAGAGAAAGUCUAUGCCGGUAAACUUCGGUUUUCGUUGGACUAUGAUUUCCAAAAAGGCGAACUCACUGUUGGUGUGCUUGAAGCGGCCGAUUUGCCUGCGAUGGACAUGUGUGGCACCUCGGAUCCGUAUGUGAAGUUGUUCCUACUACCGGAUAAGAAGAAGAAAUUCGAGACCAAGGUUCAUCGAAAAAUUCUCAACCCGGUAUUUAAUGAAACAUUUGUAUUCAAGUCUUUCAACCGAGUCUCUCUCAUCUAUCUCUUCAAGGAAAAUCGCCUCGGUGACAUCUGUUUCUCUUUGCGUUACGUUCCAACUUCUGGUCGGUUGAAUGUGAACAUUUUGGAGGCGAAAAACCUGAAGAAAAUGGACGUUGGUGGAUUAUCUGAUCCUUAUGUGAAAUUAUCCCUCAUGGUUGGUGGGAAACGUAUCAAGAAGAAAAAGACGACAAUCAAAAAGUACACUUUGAACCCGUACUACAAUGAAUCAUUCGCAUUCGAUGUGCCCUUUGACCAGAUUCAGAAAGUCAAUUUGAUCGUUACGGUAGUGGACUAUGAUCGGAUUGGUACUUCCGAACCGAUAGGCCGCGUCGUACUCGGUUGUAAUGCCACUGGAGCUGCCCUACGUCACUGGUCCGAUAUGCUGUCCAAUCCACGUCGUCCGAUUGCGCAGUGGCACACAUUGCAAGAAAUGCCAGAGAAGAGCUAA